AUGUUGUCCAAGACCAUUGCCGCCGUGGCCGUCGCUGCUCUAGUGACAUCGGCCCAAGCAGUGUCGACCCUGGGAUCGAGGAGUCCCAACACAGGUAAAGCCUCCAUCACCAGACCCAACACCAAGGCUCAUCCUCACAACACCGGCAAGGCGCAUGUGACCUCUCCUGCUCGUACGAAGGAAUGCUUUGUCGUCCCCACCGGUGGCGAUGACUCUCAGGCAUUUCUGGCUGCCCUCCACGACUGCAACAAUGGCGGCAAGGUUGUUCUGGACUCGAACUAUACGAUCGGUUCCGUCCUCGACCUGACGUUCCUGCAGUCUGUUGAUAUCGCCAUCUCUGGCAAGCUCACAUUCACCGAUGACAUUGAUUACUGGACAGCAAACUACUUUACAUACGAUUUCCAGAACUCCACCUCGUUCUUCAAGCUUGGCGGAAAGGACGUGAACGUAUAUGGUGACGGCGUCGGGAUCAUCGACGGCAACGGCCAAGCAUGGUGGGAGGCUUUUGCUAAGAACGCAUCGCUCCUGCGACCCAUUCUUUUCGUGACCGAUGGUCUGCAGGGAGGCAGUAUCACCGGACUGAACUACAUCAACUCUCCUAAUUGGUUCAAUCUCAUUGCGAACACUUCGGAUGUUCUCAUUAGUGACAUCACUAUCAAUGUUCACGCGGUGAACGUUUCGGCAAAGAACACAGACGGCUGGGACACGUAUCGAGCCGACAGCAUUGUAAUCCAGAACUCGGUCAUCAACAACGGCGACGAUUGUGUCUCAUUCAAACCGAAUAGCACCAAUAUAGUAGUCCAAGGCCUUGCCUGCAAUGGCAGCCACGGUAUUUCUGUCGGCUCGCUGGGACAGUACCCUGAAAAGUACGACAUUGUUGAAAACAUUUAUGUCUUCAACAACAGCAUGUCCAACGCCAGCGAUGGAGCCCGCAUCAAGGUCUGGCCUGGUAUCAACUCAUACAACGCCCCUACCCUGAGCGGUGGUGGCGGCGCUGGAUACGUAAAGAACAUCACUUAUGAGAAUUACUACAACUACAACAAUGACUGGGCGAUUGAAGUCAACCAGUGUUACGGCCAGUCCAACAGGACUCUCUGCCAGCUGUUCCCGUCAAACAUGACCAUAUCGGACGUUUACUUCCUUGACUUCUGGGGGACAACCUCAAAGAAAUACGACCCCAAGGUCGGCACACUCGUAUGUUCUUCGGAAAAGCAAUGCCAAAACAUUGUCGCCAAGAACAUUUCCAUCACUCCCCCGAGUGGCAAACCUACCCAAUGGGUUUGCAGUGGAUUUGAUACUUCUGGAUUGGAGGGAUUUGAUUGCGUCACAUCUUAA